GUUUUUUUUUUAUACGGGAUAUUGUGCAUUACGUGUAAAUAUGCCGCAGGUUGUUGCCACUUGGCCGCCGGCUUCAGUUUACCAUCCACCCCGAAAUCGUACGGUUCACUGUAGUUUGACGAACCGUCAUAUUUUGAUAUUAUUACCAUAAUGUAUGUAUUCGACACACGAUUCGUAAGGAGAGGAAUUUAAAUUAGAAAAAAAAAAACAAUUUCAAUCAAUUUCUCUAUAUCGUCUUUAUUUACUAUUUGAAUUGGAAAUCGUUGGUCAUGUACGCGUACUGUCUUUACUUGUUGUACGCUUUGUUGGCCAACAUAUUUACAGGGUAUUUGAUUUUAAACUAUUACUACAACAUAGCCCUGGACAAAUACGUUGAAAAUCAUCCGACGACAAAAUAUUUCGACCACAUUGUCGUGGGUGCUGGAACAGCUGGUAUUGCAGUUGCAUCACGUCUGGCUGAAAAUGGAGCUUACUCAGUUCUCCUAUUGGAGGCUGGACCUAGGGUGUCCUCAUUACACGACAUACCUUUGACUACAUCAAUUUUCCAAAAAUCAAUUAUUGAUUGGCAACAUCAAACAGAACCACAAGCGGAAGCGUGCUUGGCGUUGAAUAAUAGAUCUAGUCAAUGGCCUACUGGAAAAGUGCUGGGCGGCACGAGUCGUAUAAAUUUCAAUAUACACUUAAGGGGUCAUGUGUCCACAGACUAUUUGAAUUGGCAGUCGGGACACGAAUGGUCCAGAGAUGAUGUGUUGCAUUACUUUAAAAAAUACGAAAUGGCCGACAUGUAUUUUGGAUCACCGAUAAAAAAACAAAAAUUCUUCAGUCAAAGGCCGACGCACACAACACCAGUGGCAACCACAAUACUUGAAGCUGCUGAAGAGUUAGGUUAUACAAUUUCCCAAGACAUGAAUUCUGACGAUUUUCGUAUAACUGGAACUGAUAGUGGUAGUUUUUCAUUUGCACCAGUAGCAACAAAGUUUGGCUACAAAACGAGUUCUGAACACCUAUAUUUGAAAAAAAAAUCCAAACAGAACUUGGUUAUUCUUACCAAUGCGGAAGUUAAAAAGGUUAUGUUCAGAAACAACUACGAGGCACGUGGAGUUGUUUAUUCAAAAUUCGGAAAAUCUUUUAAGGUUUUCGCAUCAAAGUCUAUAGUAAUUUCUGCUGGUGCAUUAAAUACGCCAAAAAUCCUUAUGAAUAGUGGUGUUGGACCAGUCGAUCAAUUAAAGCCACUAAAGAUACCUUUAGUCGCCGACCUGCCUGUAGGUGAAAAUUUACAAGAUCAUAUUAUAACUGGAAUGGACAUGAUCGUUUUGAACAAAUCAUUAGGGCUAACUUUUUUACAUGUGACUUCACCGUUAAAUAUGUAUAAAUACGUCUUUGAAGGCACAGGUAUAUGGACACAUCCUGGAUGUGAAGCAAUAGGGUUAAUACGUUUACCGAGCAAAGAUAAUAAUUCAAACUCAUCACCAGACUUGCAGAUCAUGUUAUUACCUUUUGGGAUAACAUCUGAUGCAGGAUCACUUUACUUGAGCCAUUCAAAUUUGAAACGUGAUAAAUGGGAUGAAUAUUUUAAACCGCUUGUGGGUAAACAAGUUAUUACACUAGGACCGGUAUUGUUGCAUCCAAAAAGUACCGGACAUGUAAAAUUGAACUCUAAUCGAGAUAUUGUUAUUCAACCAAACUACUUAAAGAAUAAACAAGACGUACGGAUAUUAAUUGAAGGUAUGAAAUUAGUAAAAAAGUUUUCGCAGACAAAAGCACUAUCGAAAUUCGGCGCUCAACUUUACGAAAAACCAUUUCCCGGUUGUAAUAAACAUAAUUUUGGAUCUGAUCGUUAUUGGGAAUGUUACGUAAGACACAUUACUUUUACCUCCCAUCAUCCCGUUGGUACGUGUAAAAUGGGAAAUAUCAACGAAAAAAGCGUUGUGGACCAUUCAUUAAGGGUGCACAAUUUAAACAACUUGUACGUAAUUGAUGCAUCGAUAAUGCCAUCAAUGCCUAGUGGAAAUACAAAUGCAGUUGUAGCAAUGAUUGCUGAAAAAGGAGCAGAUCUUAUAAAAAAACAUUGUUUUGAAAGAAAACAAAAAUGCAAUGUCGCAGAUUUUUUUAAAACUAAUUAACAUACCAACCGAAGAUUUUUGUUGCAAACUACUGAAUGCAGCUGGUUGGUCAGACUCAUAUAACCAAUUUGGUAAAUUUGUAAAUUCAGUUCGUGGGAACAUGAAGCAGCUAGUGUAAUACUUGGCAAAUGUGAUUUCACUAGACAAGCAUUGCAUUGCUGUCCAAGUGUGAUACACCAACAAAGGAAACUUGACAGUCCAAUAUUCCAGAAAUUUAUCUGGAAUGUCUCCUAAUAAUUUCUGGGUGCCUUCAGAUAGCUCUCUAAAAUGGUGUUUCUAAAACACAACAAUGUUUUCGUUUAUAAAUGUAUAUACGUUUUUGUUUAUAUCGUUAGGUUUUGGCUCUAGGUGUUUUGUAUGAUUUAAGUAAAAUAAAAAAUGUUCACUUUAUUUGAAUGAGAACAUCCCUGUGUUUAUAAUAAAAUACGCUUUAGGUGUUAAUGCAUAUUUUGACAAACUCAGUCUGUGUUUAGCACUGAAAACGACAACAUCGCACAGAAUAAGUUUGUCGAAAUACAUAUAUGUACACCUAAAGUAUAAUUCAUUGUGGAUGGGUUUUUUUAACUAAAAUAAAGUUGAACAAUUUUUUCCACAUGUUUACUCUAUUUUAUAAUUUUAUAAUUAGUUAUCUUUUUUUAUAAUUGUUGUACCUCUUUUAAGAUUUUUAACAGUAACAUCAAUGUGAUUUUGCUAAGAAAAUUUUUUUUAUAAAUUAUAGUAAAGGAAAAGUUUAUAAAGCCAAAACAGAGUUGUACUGUUGAGUGGAACAACUAACCUUAUUUCGAAAAGCUCUUAAUAAAUCUCUAAUACUGUUA